AUGGCCGAGCUUGGCUCCUUUGUAUCAGGAGCAAGCUACGGUGGUGUGUUAGCUCGAGAAGCUGAGGCAUCAAGGCUUUUGCGGGUAGAAGACACGCCAGCGCAAAAGGUACUCAGGAACGGAGAAAUCCUGCGCCCAUCGCCUUGCCUCACGCAUACUGGACGCAAGCAGGUCUCAUUGGAACAAGGCUAUUACGACGUAUUCAACCUGUUGGAUAUUAAGAUCCCUCUUGUGGAAGCCACUCCACAGCCACAGAGAAGGGGGUCCAGGCUGACUUCCCAAUCCUCGGGAGAUGAUUUCGAUAGCUGCACGGGUGACCUGAAGCGAACCGACUGCCAUGGACUAUCUGGUAUGCCAUUCCUUGCCUUUGCCUGCAUGUCUUUCACCUAUGCAGAGCAGGCACCUUCGUUAUGCAACGGCCCCAAGCUUGUACGGAGCUGCAGGGCAAUUGGACUUCCAGCUGCGAAAGCCAUUAGAGGCAUUGAACCCAUCUCGUUGGCGUUCCACGGUAUGUGGAGACCUGCAAAACCUGCGCUAAGUAAAGGUAUGGAAGGCUUCACGCUGUUACAGGAGUCGCGAUUGCGCUCGAAUAUUCCGUUAGAGCUAGAGCCAAUUGGAAAAUCAGUUUGA